UCAAAGGGCCGGGGCGUGCGCGUGGGCGUCGCGACGACGGUGGAGGUGGUGGAGCACACUGGCAGCCAGCCUCCCUCCUUUCGAUCUCAACUUACACCCUCCUCAACGCCAACUCCAAGGCAAGGCAAGGCAGGCGCAGAGAAGGAGAAGGGAACCCUGCACCUUUCCACCUUCCCUCUCCCCCUCCCCUCCGUCUCCCCCACGCGACCGCACGAGGUGCAGGACGGGAUCCGUCCGUUGCUUCCCACGGCCGCCUCCGUUCCGUGGACUCCACCGCGCCCGCCGUCCGUCCGUCCGUCCCUGAAAGCAACGCCUGAUCGGAUUCACUCGGGGGUCGACUGCCGCUGCUCCGCGACGGCCACCGCCGACCUGCCGCAGGCAAGGGAAUUUUCAAAGGAGAAAUCUGAAGAGCACACAAACUUCGUCUCCUGAGCUGAACUCCUGGUCGACGAAGCAGAAGCCAUGGGGUCAGGGGACUGGUUCAAGACCAUCAUCAGCAAGAAGAAGUCGAAACGGGGCAAGUCAAAGCACGCAAAGAAGGUUGCUGCGCAACGCAAUGGAGCCAACCUGCCGCAGCAAAAGCCCAGCAACGCUCCUUCUUCCAGCAGCGACCCUGAAGACAACGCAGCACUGGAAGACUGGGCAGCUACCCGGAUUCAGAACGCGUUUCGGCGCCACAAGGCAAGGAGGACGCUCCGUUGCCUGAGGGGAGUUAAAAGACUGCGCAUUGUUGGCCAGAGCAAUCCAGUUACCAAGCAGACCAGUGCCACAUUGAGCUACAUACAGUCUUGGAACAAGCUACAGGCUGAGCUAAGAAACCGGCGUGCUUUCAUGGUCACCGAAGGGCGCAACAGGAAGAAGAAGCAAGAGAAUCAGGUCAAACUUGACGCGAAACUCCAGAAUCUGCAGGUUGCGUGGAAUGGAGGCUCGAAUACCAUGGAUGAAAUAGUUGCCAGGAUACAUCUAAGGGAAGAAGCAGCAGUAAAGCGUGAGCGAGCCAUGGCAUAUGCGUUUAACCAUCAGUGGAGGGCAAAGUCUGCCACAAGCCAAGGAAAUUUCAACUAUGGGGUCGGGAACGGUGGCUGGGGCUGGAGCUGGAUGGACCGCUGGAUCGCUGCACGGCCAUGGGAGCCCCGAUCCAUGGUCACUCCUGAAAACCCGAAGAAGGGACAAUCAAAGAAAGACAACACCAGCACAAACCAGUCAGCUCUGAAAUUACAAGGUGCAAUCAGUCUAAGCAACAACACCAGUGACCGGAAAGUUCCCAAGAAGAAGUCAUCUCCCUCUCCUGAUAAGAAGAAACCGGUAGCGAAAACGGAGCAGAAACCAGUAGCGAAAACAGAGCAGAAACCAAAGGCGGCAGGCCCUCCCAAGGCGAAGUCGAAGGACAUGAAGAGGAACCAAGAGAAGCAGCAACAACCCGCGGUUCCUGCGAUCACUGCUUGAAACCCGCGGCGAAAAGGUUACCGGACGCUGUAUGAUACAUCCUGUGAAGUUUCUCUUUUCUUUUACACUCUUAUGUGGUUUGUCUCUUACAUUGCUGUUUUAUCGGAACAAGAAGUGACCAAUGUAGAAUGUGUUUGGUUUGCGCGAUUGCACACAUACCUAAUGAGAGUGGUUUUUGGUUAGGACUAGGAUCUCUACUGUGCGCAUUGUAUGCGGGUGUGUAAUAUGAUGCCAUCUCUGUCUGCUGGGCUAAAAUGGUUCUGUCGGAACAAAAAUUCAAGUUC